AAGCUUUCUUGGGGUCCAUGGUGACUUAUUUUGCAGUUACAAGCACUAAAAACACUGGGAUAAUGUGAAAUGUACCGAAUGCAUGCGUAGAUGCGACCGCACUGGCUGGCUUGUAAACACUGGUGCUGAGGCCACACCUGGGAUGUGUCCCGGACGAAUCACGAAAGAUAACAAACGAGAUCAUGAAGAGAGUGAUUCAUCUUCACCAGAGAAGUUCAUGAGAAUGGAAGACACUACACACGCCAUUAACAAUAAUGUGUGUAAAGUCAAUACCCUUGCUCAGUUCCAAUCUGAGACUGGUGAAACAGCUGGUCCUCCCAUUGAGCUACCUCUGUCUCUGGCUCGUGAUAAACUCCAACAAAUUCUAAAUACUCUACUUGAACAGGAGGAGCAAACCCCAUACAGUUUUUUUGUCAAUGAAAAAGAGGUGACUGGCAGCCUCAAUGGAGUGAUAGACUCUUCAACAAGCGAAGAGAAGGUGAUGGUCAUUCUUUACCAACCACAAGCAGUCUUCCGAGUGCGAGCUAUUACUAGCACUGUAUUUACAGGUCAUCGUCACUGGGUGUUGGUGACAGCUUGGUCCCCAGACAGUGUGUGUUUAGCUUCUGGAUGUAAAGCAGGACAAAUCUUCAUUUGGGAUCCCAAAACAGGAAAACAGAUGGGUCGAGCACUGACUGGACACAAACAGUGGGUCACAUCACUGUGCUGGCAACCUCUCCAUCUAACACCUAGUGGUGAGUGCACAAGACUAGCAUCAGCUGGAAAGGAUGGCGAUGUAAGAAUAUGGAAUACCAAGCUUGGUUCUUGUGAAAUGGUUUUGUCAAACCAUCUGCAGUGUGUUACAGCCUUGCGUUGGAGUGGUGAGGACCUCCUGUACUCAGCCUCCCAAGACAGAACUAUAAAGGUCUGGAGAGCUUCAGAUGGAACAAUGUGCCGGACACUACAAGGGCAUGGACACUGGGUGAAUACACUUGCCCUCAACACAGACUAUGCUUUAAGAACUGGAGCUUUUGAUCCCGAGGCACUGAUGAAGGACAGACCUGAAAUAACUUCUGCUGACAAAAGACAAGCUCAUGCUGAGAAACGCUAUAAGGAAGCACUAGCAGCUGCAGGUGGAGUGGAGCGGUUAGCAUCCGGCUCUGAUGACUUUACUCUCUUCCUCUGGGAACCUGCCAGGAACAAAAAACCUAUUGAGCGCAUGACUGGCCAUCAACAACUGGUAAAUGAUGUCAAAUUUUCGCCAGACACACGUAUCAUUGCAUCAGCUUCAUUUGACAAGAGCAUAAGAUUAUGGAGCGGACUGAAUGGAAAGUUCCUGGGUGUGUUACGAGGCCAUGUUUGUGGUGUUUACCAAGUUGCUUGGUCAGCUGAUUCUCGCCUUCUUGUAAGCGGCAGUAAAGAUUCAACACUUAAAGUUUGGAACAUGUCAACAAAGAAAAUUGAAAUAGUUCCAGGACAUGCAGAUGAAUUUUUCACAGUUGACUGGUCCCCUGAUGGCCAGAGAGUUGUUAGCGGUGGCAAGGAUAAAAUCCUCAAGAUGUGA